GCCAAAACUAAGUUCGCAGGCCCGUGUAUUUAGCCGCCAUAGCCGCGUCUCGAAAGAUCGCGGAGCCGCACAACGUUGACAACCCAAUAUCGCAACAUUUACACAUUUUACGACACACAAAGCCAGCAGUCUUAAGCUCUGGCAGUUCACAUCUAUGCUUAGACAUCUAGGCUAUAUUUAUAACUCGCCCGGUGACUAAGGAUUUUCUUUAUGCGGUGCUCAUAAAACGCCGCUCUUUCGCCUUCACGGCCAGCUGCUUAUCAUGGGGAGGCAACCCUAUAUGAACUUGCUUGCGCUGGGGAGAUCACCUUAUGAGGCACCAGAGACGCCUCCCCAGGGCUACGUUGCUGCAGAACCUCGUGCUGAAGAUAGCAUCAACGCGGAUGGUUAUGUUCAGGAAUAUGAUGCGAGAGGCCACCCUAUCAAUCCGGACUCAAAAGCCCUAGCUAGACAGCUUCGAAGGGCGAAAAAUGACAUCCUGUCUACCAUGGGAAUCGUGGUGAGCGGCGAGGAUGGCAGCCUAGGAAUAUCAAAAGAACGGCAACGGAUGAAUCUCCUAUCAUCGGAAAAUGAUUAUGGUCUUGCCAUGGCGACAGUAGAUCAGGUUGUGAUGUUUUUCUCAUCGUGGUGGACAACAUCACUGGCUGCGCGCAUUCAGACAUUUAAACGAUAUACCCAUGUUCCAUUUCUACAAAUCAUUCGCCUAGAACGCCACAAAGUCGGACUUUUUGGAUUCUACGCCGCUGGCAUUCCUGCCUGGACGGUGUCGUUUAUCGUCUCAGUUUGUCGAAAUCACUUUCUCGAACCCGCUUUAGACUACAUUCAUGGAAAGGUUUCCUCAUUGUUUGAUAACGAUGUCUAUAAAUCUGCGAUCUGGCAUACUUUUAAGGGCCUUCAAUUAAGCUGCAAAUUGGGACUUUUUGUCGUACUCGGACAAACUUAUAUGUUUUCGCUGUUACAAUCACUUCAUAUUCUGCCCGCACUUGCGGUCCCAACGCUUCGCUCACUUCUUCCCUUCGGUCCCGCCUCGUUAAUCCAACUUCCACCCUUACCAGCAAGAUUGUCUGUAGCUGAUAUCGGAAACUUUAGUUUUGGACUUCUCACUGCUCCAUUUACAGUGUUGUAUAUGUAUGUUUACCUUCGGCCUGUAAUAGAGUCCAGAAUUUAUCGUAUCCUACGACGGAAACUACCCAAACCAGACCGCCCUGAUAGCCUCUCGCUCCGCGUUGCGGCGGAAAAUGACCUGAUUGAGUGGACGGUGCCAUCGCUUGGAAGGCGGUCCGAUGAGGAAUACCAUCGUGGCGAUCUUACCAUUAGCGAGGAACUCAAAUACGAAUUACGCAUCUUCAAAAAUUGGAUUUUGGGUAUUUUUGGUUUGAAAAUUGAAGAGUCGUCUGAUGCGAGAGCUAGACCACGCUCGACAUCUCACUCACUCCAGAGUAGGCUCGAGCAGCUUAGCCGUGAUUUCGAUACGAGCAUGGCCCCCUUUCGUGAGGAAACAUCUCAACCCGACGAAACCUUAGUGAGUUCAAUACAAGCACGGGGUGAACAGCUCUUAAGUGGCCAUGUCGAAGGAGCUCGGCCAAGAUCCCCGACUCCAGAUGCUACGCCGCAGGAAGAGUUUGGCACAAACCAGAUCUUAUCCGGCGAUGAGCAACGUAUGUCACAGUCCCCCCUCCAGCUCACAGACGCCUACUUUGACCAGGACGACCCAUCUCAAGGUAGGCCGGGAAUGGAAGAAACAUUCAGGAUGGAUCAUUCUACAUCUCCCCACCGGUCCCAAAGCCAAGGGCCUGAAGAAUCGCAUCGUCAUCAUUUCCAUUCACGCUCCAAUACUCUGUUCUCCCAUCCCUCAACUCCCGAAUCAUCCCCCCUUGCAUCACCCCGUGUAAGGGCAUCGCUGGUGCACCAGAAUUCUGACGUAAUAACUAUGCAACUCGAACUUUUACGGAGUAAUCAUAACUCCCCGUCUCACACUCGAACAAAUUAUGACAACGAUUCUUUAGCUGGCCCUGACCUACAAGCAGGAAUCACCUUGAGCGAAGCCGAGCGUGCGACAGCCAGAAUACUUGAUGAGGUUUUAUUAGGCCAUGGCGCAGCCCAAGCAGACGCCCUCCACCUCGCUAAUCAACCAUCUGAUCAAAACGCGACCCUACAACCAGGCCACGUAGCCGCUUUAGAAGAAUUGACCGACAUAUCCAACCACACGAACUUGGAAAACAACGAACAAGCGCUAUCCGCGCGUCCUACUACAACCACCGCUACCCAUGAAUCCCCUACCCUCCUCCAACCACUCAUAGACGUUCCGGAAUCCUCCUCCGCCCCAACCCUAGCAGAACCUGCCACAACCACUACCAUAAAUGACGAAAACAGAAGGCUCUCCCAGCCCCUUCCCACCCAGCUCCCACGCCGCUCCCGCUCUGAUCGCCUCCUUGGCCCUGAUCACCGAGUAACAAUCCUCUCGUCACUUCCUGUCGACUCCCUUUCCUCCCACCUCGCAUCCCUCCUAACCUCCGUCCUCUUCUACCCUCUUGAAUCCAUGUACCUACGCAACUUCGCGAUACAGUUUUUGACGUCUCCAUCCCUGCUCGCUGCGUUGCCGCUUACUGCCGGUGCUUCUACUGCCCUUACGCUGGGCCUGAGUGGUGAUGUACGGAGUAUCUGUGCGUGGUGUGGAGGAGGAUCGAGAAAGGAUAUGAUUGCGUAUUUGGCGAAGAUGGGCCUUGUGGUAGGCACGGAGGCAUUGGUUAGUGUGGCGGUUUGGGGGAUGGGGACAGCAGCGACGGUUAUGCUUGGAACAAGGAAGUUUGGGUGGGGAGAAUUGUAGAAUUUUGAUGGACGGAUGGAUAAAUUCUGACUUUUGAUCUACCCUUUAUAAUAUGUACCACUAUAUAGGAUUUUAUUUUUAUAUAUUUGAGCGUUAUGCGUGGCAAACAGGCGAUACAAUUUAUUCAAAUUGGGCUAAUUGGGGGCUGACAAUGCUAAAAUCCGUUUCAAUGUCAGUUUCAGUUUCAGAAUAUUUGUAUUUAAUGUUUAUUAUAAAGAUAGGGUUUGAAUCUAGGUGAAAUACUCGUUCGCGUAAGAAAAAUGUUUGAAAAUGGUAGACAUUCAACAUAAAAUUACCCUCAAAAAGCGGUAUAAUUUACACCCCAAGAUAUACAUAUCUCCACGCG